GCCGGCACCGCGGUGCGGCCGUGCCCGGCGGGAAGGGCCCUGUCCGUCCCUGUGCCCUCCUCCGGGCCCGGCCUGGGCCGCUGGGGAAUGGGGGGCACGGCGGGGGGUCCCGUGGCUCCGUCCUCGCCGGGAGGGCCGAGGAGCGGAGCGGCUGGAGGGAGCCCCGCAAGGUGACCUUGGCGGCGGGCACAGACCCCCGCCGGGCCCGGUGCCGUGCCCCCGCGCUGCUGCCCCAGGCCCGGCCCCGCCUCACCGCGGGCUGGUGGCGGAGGGUCGGGUUUGACCUCUGCUCUCGCUCCCCGUGUUGAAGGUGCUGGAUUUGGGUUAGGAAUUGUUUUCUCAGUCAUCUUCUUCAAAAGAAAGACAUGGCCUAUUGCAUUUGGGUCUGGGAUGGGGUUAGGAAUGGCUUAUUCCAAUUGUCAACAUGACUUCCAGUCUCCAUAUCUUCUCCAUGGUAAAUUUGUAAAAGUCAUGGAGUCUCAGGGGAAGGCUGCCCACUUCACAGUCUGGGAGGCUGCAGAAGGUUGCAGGUUUUCGGCAGAGCUGGCCAUGAUGUUAUGGUUUGUGGUCGGAGCCCUCUUCCCAGCGCUGCUCCUGGCUGCGCCUCCUCCCAUAAACAAACUCGCCCUCUUCCCAGACAAGAGUGCGUGGUGCGAGGCAAAGAACAUCACCCAGAUCGUGGGGCACAGUGGCUGCGAGUCCAAGUCCAUCCAGAACAGGGCCUGCCUGGGGCAGUGUUUCAGCUACAGCGUCCCCAACACCUUCCCUCAGUCCACAGAGUCCCUGGUUCACUGCGACUCCUGCAUGCCAGCCCAGUCCAUGUGGGAAAUCGUGACACUGGACUGCCCAGGCAACGACGAGAUCCCCAGGGUUGACAAGCUGGUGGAGAAGAUACUUCACUGCAGCUGCCAGGCUUGCGGCAAGGAGCCGAGCCACGAGGGAGCCCUGUUCAACGUCUACUUGAACGCGGAGGAGAACAUGCCCGCGGAGGGCCCCGGCCCCCACCACUAUGCCCACCACCAGCAGGAGGUGGAAGAGCCCCCCGCUUCCAGCCACCACCACCACGAGGAGGAGGGCGACGAGUGACCCGGCCCUCGCGGACUGUCCUUGCAGCGCGGGCAGGGGGUGUGCGCGAGGGAGAGGGCCAGGGUUUGGGGAGGGAGGGGUGGUGGAGGCUUUCCUGUCUAAUAGCUACCCUCAUGCUUUGCUCUCCACGACACCCUGGGGCCAGAGGAACGUUUUGAGGCGCGAGCAGGGCGUGGGGCUGGAGCCGCGGGGCCACAGGAGGGCUGAGGGUUUCCGAUGCAAAACUACUUGCACAUCAUAGUAAUAAUAUAUUGAGAGAAUGGGGAACGCGGGCAGAGGGGGCUUUGGCAGAGAGCGGGAGCCGAGCUGGGCUCCCCAGGAGCUGUCUGCAGCAUCCUCAGUCUGCUGUGCGGCCCUUGCUGAGCCCUCUGGGCUCUUCUUUUGUACAUGGCUCUUGCCUGGGCCGGAGGAAGAAGGGAGGCAGGUUCCCCGCAGCCACACAAGAUGCACAUCUCUUCUGGGGUGUGUGGGGUGGGGGUCUCCUUUCUUCCUCACACCUCCCCUGCCUGCCUAGGGAUGCAUGGGCUCAGCGUGGGCGCGCUGUUCCUCCUGGCACUCACUGGGUCUGACUUCAGCCCCCACACCCUCGUGUUAGGUAGCUCACAGGGAGUAUUUUGCCCUGGCUGUGUGUGCGAGGUUGCUGGGAGCUGUGGUGGUCAGAGCCCUUUCCUUGCUGGCCCUUGGGGCCACAUAGCUUGCAAGGGCGAGGGAGCUGCACCGUGCCACGGGCGCUGGGGCUCCGCAUUUCACAGCCCGUGCUGGGGUGGUGUCGGUGGGAGCCGGCCCCUCUCCCCUCCUUCCCUGCUGCACUUUAAUUGUGGUGGAGGGAGAAGGGGGACAAGUCCUGGGAUGCUGAUGGGCCUUGGCAGGGGUCUGCUCUGGACCCCGCUGCAGAUGCGGGGCUGGGCUCAGUGUGGGGCCCCUCCUGCUACCCCUCUCUCUGUUGUAUAAAGCUAAUUUCUUUGGCGCUGUCCUGACAAGAGCUUCCAGAGCUUGUAACCGACGCCUCCCCCUCCUUUUAACAAGUUUUGUGGUUUUUUUUGGUUGGUUUUUUGUUUUUGUUUUCUUAAAUAAAUUAGUUCUGACUUCCA